AUUUUCCUUCAUUUUACGCACUUCCGCAUUUGUCGCAGUCAAAAUCGGAGUGUAUGUUGUUUUAAAGUAAAAUACAAACAAUUGUGUUUAAAUCGAGCGAUAAAACUAGGAAAGAUGACCGUGUUAACGAAGCCAAGCCUCACGAUUAAGAAAGUCCCGUUGAUAGACGAAAACCAUUGCGAUGAAGAGAUUAUCGAAAUGCAGCCGACAGGUCCUCGCAAACGCCACGGCGUCGGCGCGAUUCUCUGCAUGGCCAUCACGGUAUUCCUGCUCGUCCUGAUGGGAGUCAUCACGGCUCUGCAGAUCUACGAGCAGGUCACCACGGAUGUGUCACAGCAUAACCAUUACCAGGGGUUCUGCUCUAUUCCUCUGUCUAGGGACUUGCAGAUGUUGGAGUCUCGCAAGAUGCCUCUGCGCUGGAAGACUGCCCCCAAUGUUGGCCGCAUCGAGCCCAGCAUUCAGGUGGUGAGCCUGAUGGACGAUGACCCAGAGCACCUGUUCGACCUGCUGCGCGAGGUACUGGACAUUGACAUCGAUGACUCCGUGGAGAAGAUCUCCGUCUUCAACAACGGACACCCCGUCAGCUUCAUCCAUGACUUCGAGACUAAUGUUACUGGCAUCGUGGACUCCGACCGCUGCUUCACGAUGGACCUGGACCCCGAGCUGUCGCUGCAGCCGGAGCUGUUCCUGCUGGGGCUGCAGCGCGGGGACGAGUUCGACGUGAGCCGCGUGCGCACGCAGCUGCGCGCGCUGCUGCCGCCGCGGGAUGCUGACUCACUGGCUGCACGGGCUGCGAGGGAAGCCUGCAUGGGCAAGCCCAUCUACCGUCUGCAGAAGGAGACUGGGGUAGUCAUCCGCAAGCGUUCAGCCGACGCUCCUCCGCAUGACUUUAUGCAAUUCGCCGGCAACCGCGUGCAGGAGAUAGAGAUCAGCAACCUCGCCGAGCUGCUGGACUUCGAGCAGGACGCCAAGCAGGCCUAGGCCAAACUGCUCACCAAGCUCGUCGUCAGGAUCGCUGCUAUAGUACUCACAUGAUGAAUAACUGAGGAAUAGACAUGAUGGUUGGUGUAAAACCUACUUACCUACAUAGAAUGCUAUUUGGAAAUUUAAACCCACAUUUUUCUGGGCAGUCCUAUCACAUUCCAGACUCUUCGUUGCUUAUCGAGCCCGAGACAAAAGAUCUCACUAUUUCUAAUUAACGUGAUUCAGAGUUUAAAUUGCAGAUGCAGAGGUAAAAAAUAUCAUUCCAUAAAUCAUUAUUUCUGUAAAAACUGACAGAAAUAGUCAAGAUCGAUUUAAGGACUUCUAAAUCGCUCAUUGAAUAAGAUAAGAAAGAUUCGGUGUCAUUCGUCAUGUAUUAGUACUGUAUUAGCUAUCGCCGAUGUGCUAGAGUUGUAGUUGUGCUGGUGUGGAUGUAGGAUAAGUAUGUGCAGAUUGGGGAAUUAGUUUAGUCGAUUAUUGAAACCAAUCGACCAAAAUAGUUCGGAUUGUAAAGUUUUACCUCUGUGAUUGUUCUUUAUCUUUACUGUAUCAAGUAUUAUUUUGAUUAUUUCAAAAACUUAAAGAUAACAGAGAGACAGAGAGACAGAGAGACAUUCUGAAACACGCGCACAAAUAGUAACGUUGGAUGACUAUACAUCGUAAGGAGAAAAAUGUAUAAUAACAUGCGUACGUAUCAAGUAAACAACCAAAGAUUGCAUUAAAUACGAGAUACUAUCUUUCUAUUUAAGAUUUCUCUAUUUAUUAUGUUUAUAAUUUAAUGAAAAGAAAAAGGCAGAAAUUCUAUCCAUUGCAGUACAACAUCUUAAGCGGGGUGAACAUACUCGUAAUUUUAGGGCAUAAAAAUGAUACUUUGUGCCAAAGAAUUCACUAACAAUCAGAAAUAAACACGAAAUUCUCUGCUGAAUGUAGUACACAUUUAGUUUGGAAAUAUGUAGUUUCUAGAAGUAGGUAUGUUCGAUUCACCACUAUUUAGUACGAAUAAUGUGUUAUAUUGCAAAGAACAGAAUUCUUCUCCUAUAUCCACUCCAAGUGAGAAUAGUUAAGGAAUAAAUUUAGUCCAAUUUUUAAUGUAAGCACAUUAAUAAAGAUACUCGAUUUAUAAAUAAGUACAGUCUUUAGUCUGAUCUUGUAAUGAUUUAGUCGAUUUUCUGUCACUGUUUGAUUUAGUCGAAUACAAAGAGUAUUAUGGUUAUUUUAGUUUAGUUCACUAAUUAGUUUUAGUGCCAUAUUUCAUGUUCUUUUAAAUUUAAGGAUAUAAGAUAUUAGACGUAAUAAAUCUUAAGAUUAUAAAUUAAUCGUAAGGCACGUUAAGUGCAUUAAGCACAGGUACAUUUUAUUUUAAUUAUUAGAGUCUGACUUCAGGUAGGGAUAAUACAAUUAUUUUUAAUUUUGUUGGUAAGAAGAUGCUGGGAUGGAGAGUGCAGGGAAUUGAAGAUAAAGUUACGAUUGAAUGUCUUUAAGUUAAAGUAGUUUACAAUUUGCUUGUCCACGUAAACGACUUAUGACAAAAUAAAAUGUUUAAUG